UCCCGUGUUUCCAUUUGAAACAUCCGUCCCCCCAUAUUUAAAAACCCUCCCCCUCCUAAAAUUUUAUCAGUCCAUUUCUUGCAUCACUCCCUCGUCUCUUCCUCACAAAUCUUAUACUAAACAGAGACAAAUGGUAGAGUGGUAGCAGAACAAACACAAAUAGGACACCAAACCCUCAAAACCUCUCUCUGUCGAUGUUUUAGCUGUAUCAACUUUCAACUCCUUAUCUUCUCCUCAGACCCGUCCUCUUCACCUACACACAUCAUCCUUUUCGCCAGAUAGAAACCUCUGAAUCCUCUCUGCUACCGUUUAGCAAACCCAUCAUGUGCAUUUCUCCGACCACCAAUGGUGGAGUUCAGAGCCGUCGGCCGCUGGACUUCUUGCAGACUGUGAACUUGAAGUAUGUGAAAUUGGGUUACCAUUACUUGAUAACCCAUCUCCUGACUCUCUGUUUAGUUCCUCUAGUGGCAGUCAUCGUCAUUGAAGCCUCCCUGUUGAACCCGGAUGACAUUCACCAGCUCUGGCUCCAACUCCAGUGCAAUCUCGUUGCUGUCAUCAUUUUCUCUGCUAUGGUUGUUUUUGGAUCCACUGUUAAUGUUAUGACCCGUCCGGGAUCCGUCUACCUUGUGGACUAUUCGUGUUACAAGGCCCCGUCGCAUUUGAAAGUGAGAUACCACCAGUUUAUGGAGCAUUCAAAGUUGAUAGGGGACUUCAAUGAGUCCUCGCUUGAGUUCCAGCGCAAGAUUCUGGAGCGAUCUGGCCUUGGAGAGGAGACUUAUGUCCCUGAAGCAAUGAAUUACAUUCCACCAAGGAUAUCAAUGGCGGCGGCCCGCGAGGAGGCAGAGCAGGUGAUUUUUGGUGCAUUGGAUGAUCUGUUUGCUAAUGCAAAUGUUAAGCCUAAGGACAUUGGUAUUCUUGUUGUGAAUUGUAGUUUGUUUAAUCCAACUCCUUCACUGUCUGCUAUGGUUGUUAAUAAGUACAAAUUGAGGGGGAAUAUUAGAAGUUUUAAUUUAGGGGGUAUGGGGUGUAGUGCUGGAGUUAUAGCUGUUGAUCUUGCUAAGGAUAUGUUGCAAAUUCAUAGGAAUACAUACGCGGUUGUUGUUAGUACUGAGAAUAUUACUCAGAAUUGGUACUUUGGGAACAAGAAAUCCAUGUUGAUACCCAACUGUUUGUUCCGUGUUGGUGGGUCAGCAGUUUUGCUUUCAAAUAAGUCCAUGGAUAGGCGUCGGGCUAAGUAUAAGCUGGUCCACGUUGUGAGGACUCAUUGUGGUGCUGAUGAUAAGGCAUUUAGGUGUGUUUAUCAAGAGCAGGAUGAUGAUGGGAAAACUGGGGUUUCUUUGUCCAAGGAUCUCAUGGCAAUUGCCGGUGGGGCUCUCAAGGCUAACAUCACAACAUUGGGUCCCCUUGUCCUGCCUUUAAGUGAGCAGCUUCUCUUCUUUGCUACUUUGGUUGCGAAGAAGUUGUUCAAUGCAAAAGUCGAGCCUUAUAUCCCAGAUUUCAAGCUUGCUUUUGAUCAUUUCUGCAUACAUGCUGGGGGAAGGGCCGUGAUUGAUGAGCUUGAGAAGAACUUGCAGCUUCUACCAGUUCAUGUUGAGGCGUCUCGGAUGACACUCCACAGGUUUGGUAACACCUCGUCUAGUUCGAUCUGGUAUGAGUUGGCUUAUAUCGAGGCAAAGGGGAGGAUGCAAAAGGGAAACCGUGUCUGGCAGAUUGCUUUCGGCAGUGGUUUCAAAUGUAACAGUGCGGUGUGGGAGGUUCUUCAAAGUGUAAAAGCUUCUCCUCAUAGUCCAUGGGAAGAUUGCAUUGACAGGUAUCCUGUGGAGGCCGUUGCCUAGCAGAGCUCAACGACAAUUAUUGGCCAGGGACUCAGUUUAAAGGGAGGAAACAUUGAUAGAUUUACUGGCCAUUUUAUCUUGUUAUUUUUCUGCCCCCUUAUCACUAGUUUUCCUCUUUUCGAAUUUUUGAUCUAUCGGGCAUGUUCUGUGGUAUUUGGGUAUAGAAGUAAUGAUGUUUCUUAGAGCAAGUUUGAUAUUGUUGUUCAAAAAAAAAAAAAAAAAAA